AUGGUAUAGGAGCCAAAUGAAAUCAUCUAUGUAACUAAAAAUAUACUCAGUAAAAGAAAUAAGAAACUUUUAGUAAUUCCAAAAAUAGAAAAUGACUUAAAACUAUAAAUUUAAAAUAUAAAGAAGAAAAACAUCUUAAUGAUUCUUAUUGGAUGUAUUUUAAGCAAAUUUGGGAUCAUUUUAUGCUAGUAGCUAUGCAGCUAUAGCUAAAGCUAAGUAAUUGACUAGAAUUAAUCUUAUAAAUUUAAUAUAAUUUAGUAUUUUAGUGUUCUUUUUUCUUAAGGACUUCUUGGUUUCACUGUAGAUUUGAUAUCCUUAAGUUCAUCAUGGAGAUUUACAUAAUGUGUCUGUAUCAUUGGUAUGUUAAUAUUUAUAUUAGCGUCUUAAAGUUAAAAUUCAUAAAUAAUUAUUGUGGCAAAUAUUUUAAUAAGAUUCAGUUAAGGAUGCAAUUAUAUUUGUGGAACUUAUAUUUUGUAUGACUCUUCUUACUACCUCAAGAAAAGAUUUUUAUAUCAGUCUCUUUUCAUACUUAUUGGAAGUUUUGGGGGUUUUUUAAUAUACUUGAUAUUAGAUUGGCUAUCGAUUCUUAAUAAAAUAAAUCAAAAAUACUUAAUCUAAGUAAUUUGUGUAUGCUUAUUAAUUAAUUUAAUUGGAGAUAUCAUAGUCUCCUAAUUUUAUAAUAAACUUGAUAAAAUUAAAUUAAUGUCUCAAAGCUAUCAGUAAUAUUUACAGAGUAGAGGAGUGGCAAUAUCUUUAAGAGCUAUUUUCAACUAUUACUGGAACGAAAAUAUUAUAUAUUUAGCAAUUACUAUGAUCUCUUAUAGAAGUAUGUCUUCAGUUAAUAAUGUUUUAUUCACUAUCACUAAUAUAUAAUAAAAUAAAUAGAUUAACCUUUCAAAUAAUUUAGCAGAGUUACUAAAAAUGUUAUUUUAUUUAUCUACCAUAACGAUAGGAAUAAUUAUUAUGUACAGGAUACAAAAAAGGAAAAAAGUAAUUUAAUUUUCAUAUUAAAUUACUAGAAACUUUAUGGUUAUCACAACCAUAGCUUAGAUUCUACUCACUGCUACUUUAUACUUCUAAAAUAAAUUAAAUUUAUACUUAAUAUAUCCAUUGUUGAUAAUAAUUUUAAUAACCAAAGGAAUUGCUUUUAUUCUCAGUUCUAUUUUGUGUAAUCAGUUACUGAUAAGUUUACAAUCAGAAAAAUCUUCAAUAAGGUGUAUGGGAAUAGGAAUAUUUGGUAUUUGCUAAAAUCUAUUUGAAAUUUUCUACUACCUUAGCAUAAAUCCCAUAAUAUUAAAUUCUAUUUUAAGCUUAGUUGGUAUUUUAUUCUUGCUUUACAGCUUUUAUUAUUUAUAGAAUAGGAGAUUUGAUUUAAUAGAUUAAAAAUUAAAUUAAAGCAAAUUGGGCGAGCCUUUAAUUUCAGUAGAUAAUUCUAAUGCUUGA